AAGUGCAGCAGAGCUUGAAUCGGAUCAUCGGUGCGGGUCAAAGAUGCUCGUGUUUUAGAGGCAUCAGCAUCAGUUUGAGUUGCAGUGAAAGGAAUGAGAUCAGAGCAUCAAUGUUUCACUGGGGCAAGUGGAAGAAGAGGAUGGGCGCCAACAGUUCAUCCAAGAGACCGGUGUUCGACGACAAAGAGGAUGUGAAUUUCGACCACUUCCAGAUCCUCCGAGCCAUCGGGAAGGGGAGUUUUGGGAAGGUGUGUAUCGUGCAGAAACGGGACACAGAAAAGAUGUACGCAAUGAAGUACAUGAACAAACAACAGUGUAUCGAGCGUGACGAGGUCCGGAACGUCUUCAGAGAGCUUGAGAUCCUUCAGGACAUUGAACAUGUAUUUCUAGUGAAUCUCUGGUACUCAUUCCAGGAUGAAGAGGACAUGUUCAUGGUUGUUGACCUGUUAUUAGGAGGAGAUCUGCGGUAUCACCUGCAGCAGAGUGUUCAGUUCACUGAGGACGCUGUUAAACUCUACCUGUGUGAGAUGACGCUGGCGCUCGACUACCUGCAGAGUCAACACAUCAUACACAGGGACAUUAAACCCGACAACAUCCUGCUGGAUGAACAAGGUCAUGCACAUUUAACAGACUUCAACAUUGCUACAAUAAUCAAGGAAGGCGAGCGAGCCACAGCCUUAGCGGGAACCAAACCUUACAUGGCUCCAGAGAUCUUCCAGUCGUUUGUGAGUGGAGGAACAGGUUAUGCAUUUGAGGUGGACUGGUGGUCGUUGGGCGUGACGAUUUUCGAAGUGCUGCGAGGCUGGAGGCCUUAUGAUAUUCACGCCAGUAACUCCGUCGAGUCUCUUCUGCAGUUGUUCGGUACAGUCAGUGUUCAGUACAGCUCAACAUGGCACAAAGAUCUCAUCGCACUGCUGAGAAAGUUAUUAACUGUAAAACCAGAGCAUCGCUUCAGUAGUCUGGCUCAAAUGCAGACGGCUCUGUACCUCUCUGAUGUCAACUGGGAUGAUGUGUAUGAGAAGAAGAUGGAGCCCGGCUUUGUUCCCAAUAAAGGUCGUCUGCAUUGCGACCCGACCUUUGAACUAGAAGAGAUGAUUCUGGAGUCUCGUCCACUUCAUAAAAAGAAAAAACGACUCGCCAAAAACAGAUCGAGAGACAACAGCAAAGAUUCACAGUCUGAGAACGAGUAUCUUCAGGAGUGCCUUGAAGUCGUCCAGCAGGAGUUCAUGAUCUUCAACCGUGAAAAGUUAAACCGUCGUCAGGAGGAGGGCGGGAUGGGAGCAGACGGCGAGGGAGCUGAAGGAGAUCCAGACGGGGAGGGUGAAGAGGCUGAGGGAGGAACAGAAGAUGAAGAACCCGAGAUCGAACCCGAGACCUCCAAACUGAGCAUGUGCGGUUCAGUGUGCUCAUCUCCUGGAAGCUGCUAGCACCCUUGUUGACCUUAGCGGUGAUGGCGUGCUCACUAUGCCUUUAAACUCUCUCAUAUUCCACGCGGCACUGAGAAAAGCGUUCACGCGAGACAUGACAGACCUUUACGCCUUCUCGUGACACAGGUGAACACAACACAAUUCUCAGCCUUCAUCAUGAGUGUUCCAGUAGUGUUCUUCUGUUCCUAGAUUAAGUUUGAACUUCUAUGCAACAUACUGUAACUCUUCAGCAUGAUGUAAAAUAGAGAUUUUAGAGGCAAUUCAACAACGUAAGACUGUAAGCUUGAGUCAGAUGACACACACUGAAACUGAGCUCACAUAUUAACAUUUGAAUAAUGGAAAUAAUGACUGAUGUUUGGAUUUUCGGUUUAGUUAAUUUGUCAGACACGGAUUAUUUACUUGGUGUCUUGUUCAGUAUAACAGUUUAGUAGCCUGUAAGCUAACAGCUGAAUAAUUGAUGACUGACUCUAGAAAGUGAUCCACAAAAAUCUUCUAAAACCUUAACCCUAACCCCUAACCCUAACUACCCCUAAUCUUGCUUUUUUGUUUUUUUUUUUUAAACGUUAGAGGCACAACUCCCAUGUUUUUGUAGAUAAACUAUUUUUACACUUGGCAUGAAAAGUGGUUUUAACACUUUACAAUAAGGUUGUAUUCAUUAACAUUAGUUAAUUACAUUAGUUCAGCCAUGACAACUCUCGGAAAGAUUUUAGCAUCUUAAUGUGGGUAUGAAAUGUCUGAUAUUGGUCUUGACGGACUAGAUUUGCUACACCGCUGCUGCUAGAACAUACACAGACACAGUGAGUUAAGCAUGUGGACAAACAAGCAGAUCUACCACCAAGACUUGUGUACUGCUGCUGCUUUGAAGAACCAUUUGCAUGUGUGUUAGCUAAAUGUGCCUGGGCCUGCUUGGCCGAAUUGCUUAAACGGCUAGUGACCUGACUCAUAAUGUGUGUCUGGACCUGGUAAGCCCGGAGCUUAUUUAACUAGUGACUUAGCCUAGCUACGUGUGGAUUUAUUUAAAUGAAUUACCUAAGAUAGCAAUGUGUGCCAGUGCCUGAUUUGGCUAUGACUUAAUUUGUUAAAGACGCACUUCUAUAGCUGCUUUUCCACCAUCGGGCUGAAUGGUUCUAAGUACUUGAGCACGGUUUGGCACGGCACGAUUAUAAACCGUUCACGGCACGGAAUUCACGGCACGGUUAGCUUACCGUACUGAAACUUACUUAACCGAGCUGGUUAAAUGACUUUAGUUCAUGGCGACUCACGAUUGUCAAUUUGCCAACGCCAAGGUAACUUAUAGCACUUUAAUUUGUUUCUAGCUUGCCAAGUUUGCUAAUAUUUGGCUGAAGCUAAUAAAAGUUAAUAAAAAAAUAGUUUAUGUUUAGUCUAUCUUCCUAAUUUUCUGAUGAUGGUUUAACUAGUAACCUACAUUUAUUUUUCUUCCUGCCUUUGUCAUCAGUGAAGUAGAUUACUAGCUUAUUUAAACUUAUUUUCUCAAAUACUAUUUUCAUAUAAUAUUUUGUCAAUAAAUAUCCUUUUUAGUUUGGGAACUUUUACCUUUCUGUAUGUUCGUGUCCGGUGCCAUACACAAGGCCUGAUGGUAAAGACUUCUCGCCUUGUUCUCUUUACUGUCAUUUUGCGACAUGGGUGUCUUUUCUGUGAGUAAAACUAGGGAAAAAAGCAGUCCUAAAAACUGGACCAUGUGAUCAUCCUCCAUAGCUUACUCGCUCAAAUGUUUAUCUCUCAUGCCGUCGCCAACAGACGGAUCUCACCUCACCAUAGUGGAAAAAGAAACUGUAACUGCACCAACUGGCCCAGAUCGGCACAGAAUGGUUUGGUUUUGCGAUGAGAACUGUUCGGGCCAAUGGUGGAAAAGCGGCUUAUGUGUCACAACCAAAAGCAGACCUUAUCAUGCAAGCUGAUAGAAGAAAAAGCCCAGGCAACCACCUGAGCAAAUACAUUUUCAAAGAAAACUCUCGCGACGCUCAGCAGUGAAACUGGCUUACUUGCAAACCGAGAAAAUAUAAAUGUUAGGCAAAGAGAGAGUACGCAAGUUAAUUGACUACCCGAUGUGAGCCGACUGGCUUGACAUAUCACAUGUGAGCAAGCGGACUGGCUAACAGAUAACCAGUUCAAAGAACCCUUCAAAGUUUCAUGCCUGACGAAGAUCAUUCUGAUCAAACAUUGCUGUUGUUUUUAAAUCAAUAAAAGGGAAAAAUAUAACAGUGUGCGGAUUUACUUCUUCAGUUUUAUAUCAAUGCGUUUUGCUUUGAACAGGCACCUGUUGAAGAAGUGUUGGAUGUGCGUGCACUUUCCCGCUUUCAUUGAACUUUAUUUAACAUUAACAAACAAUUAAUAAGUUUACACCACUUAUUAAUCUUGGUUAAUGUUAAUAUUUGCAUAUACUAAUACAGUUUUAAAAUUGAAGUGGU